CUUUGAGACUGUCCUUCCUCGUAUUCAUCCCUGUUCUACUGCUGACCGCUGCUUACAUUUGUCAGCUCAGAGUGACUCAUAUUUGACUGACGGUUGAUCAGCGUCCACCAUGAGGGUCGUGCUGCUGCUCGUGCUCCUAACAGUUUCUGAGUGUGACAGCAGGAGUGUUGUUGGUCUGACGGGUCAGAGUAUCACUCUUCCCUGUAAAUACGACAGAAAGACUUACGGAGCUCUGGGUGUUUGUUGGGGUCGAGGAGAGAUACCUUUAAGGGGCUGCAACGAUCAACUGAUCACUACACCACUACUACAUGGAUAUAAAGUGGCCAGAGGAACCAGAAAGCCCAGCAGGUACCAGCUACUGGGACGACUGGAAGAAGGAGACGUUUCUUUGACGAUCCUGAACCUCACAGAGGAAGAUGCUGGAAGAUACGGGUGCAGGGUGCAGAUACAUGGAUUGUUGAAUGAUGACAAACAUCACUUUGACUUGACUGUCACAGGUGAAGAGACGAGAGCCACCAGUCCAGUUUCACCUUCUCCAAAGCACGAGAACACCAGCAAAGGUGGAGUCACAGAGAAGAUAGGAAGUGAUGUCACAGAAUACGUCAGCACAGAGCCAACAGUGACUCUUGCUCAGCGUGUAAACACUCUGCAGAUGUUUGUUGGAAACACUUUGAGACUGUCCUUCCUCGUGUUCAUCCCUGCUCUACUGCUGACCGCUGCUUACAGAAUUUGGAGAUUUGGACAGAGAUCAGACACUCACAGCGGGCCGGACCAAUCAGAGGAGCAGGAGGUGGAAAACUCUUUCUGAGUCGGACUUAAGUUUCUGUCCCGAAACAGAAGAGUCAUCAUUAAUUGAACCUUUUUUCCUCUGGAACUGAAGCAUAAAAUGUUCUUCUUUCUUUACCUUUUCUACUUGUUUAGAAGUAGGAGUGCCACAAGGUUCUGUAUCAGGACAUCUGCUUUUAAAUAAUGCUGAACACCACAUUUGGUGAAUCUCCUCCGUCUGUCAUCCUGAGGGUUUUAAAACUUUGUCUCUGAUGACUCCUGCUUCAGCGUUUCAACUCAGAUACGGCUUUUAGACUAAAGCAGUUCCAGCGCUAGUUCAGAGCUAUUGCCAGACCAGUUCUUUUGCUUUUUGAUUGCUGGCUGCAAGGAAAGCACUAACCGCUACGUCAUGGGCGGGGGCCGUGAUGAUUAUAAACAACCAAAAUCAUAAAACAUCAGGGAAAUUCUGGAUGAAUUCUUACUGAUUUAACUGGAAUCAAAAAUAUUUGUACUGUAGAUCAAACACGUGGCUCUGAAAAUACCUUUUGUAGAACCUACUUGGAACUGGCUCUAGCACAUAUUUUUGAGCUGCUCGACAAGCCCUAAGAGUGACUCAUUGUGGCUUUGCCCUCUCUGAAUUCUUAAACUGCUCUUGAAUUUGGUCUAAGCUGCAAUUAGUUUGUACUUAACUAAGUUGACUGCAUUCUCUAAUGUAGGUUGAUUUGGAUCAAAGCGU